AUUCACUUAUCAGAAGCUAUUGAUAUCAACGUAAGCCAAGAUAAUUUAAAAGUACAGAACUUCAUGGUCUUUUAAUCAUUUUAUAGUGUCAGUAUCGAUACGAAUAUGUUACGGAAAAAAGACAAGAAGCACGAGAAAGAAAUUAAGAGGCUAUCCUCUCUAACUCAGGAAGACUUGCUUGAACAUUAUAAAUCAAUAGCCGAGGACGCUUGGAAGAAUGCCUUAGAGAUAUUAGACACGAACGAUGGAUGGAAAACCGAACAAGGAAGCUGUGCUAAAACAGGUAUGGUAACUAGUCGUAGUUUCGACAAUUUUGGUAAAGUAUUCAAGUUAGUGGGCGAAAUUGAUGCAUCAGCCGAGGAUGUUUUUGAAGAACUAGUCAUAAACAUCGACGGAGCACCCAGCUGGAAUCCUACAUUGUCCGACACUCGCCUUUUACUUAAAGUUACAGAUAACAUUGAUAUAUCUUAUCAAGUCGCUGCAGAUGCUAUAGGCGGUCUGGUAUCAACGAGAGAUUUUGUUAAUCUCAGGCAUUGGGGUCCGUAUAGAGAUUAUAUUGUGUCCUCCGGAUGUUCUGUUAUCCAUCCAGAUUAUCCCCCCAUUUCAAAGGUCGAAUUUCAACUUUUUCACAUAUUUAAACUAAUUACAGACGGAUUAGUGUCACCAUGUGUUAGAGGCGAUAACAAAGCGGGUGGUUGGGUCUUCCACAAAACGGGCAAAAAUAAAUGCACACUUAUGUGGCUCGUCUCAACAGACCUUAAGGGCUGGCUUCCGCAAUUUACAGUUGAUUUGGCAAUGUCGAAAACGUUAAUGCAAUUCCUUGACUUAGUAAGAAAUCGCAUGAAGGAUUUAGGAAAAUAA